ACCAUGGUCGAUGCUGCUGCUCGCUACUGUACGCCGGCGUAGUCAUCGAUGCAGAUGGGCGUUCGCCCUGCUGCUCGGCGGCCUCGUGUCCUGCAGCCUGCCAAUCUGCCUGCUGCGUUACUUUCUGCUGCUCGGGCCGCAGCAGCAGCUGGCUAGGAAUGGAGGCCCCUUCGACGAUCUCGACGACGAGGCGGUGGCGGCGGCGGCGAUGGCGGCGGAGGAUUACUCGCAGCUGCUGGCGAGGAUCGCGGCCGAUGCCACGGCGCCUCGUGCUGGAUCAGCAGCAGCAGCCUCGUCGAUCGCGUCGACCAGCAGUGGCGCCAGGCCUGCUGCUGCUGCUCUGCAAUACGCCGGCGCGUACAUGGCCGAACGUUAUCCCGGCAACGUGUCGUACUGCAGCUGGCAAUACGAUCUACCUGAGAAUCUGAACUACCAGGAACACCAGCUGUUGGGCAGUCCCGGCGCGACUCGUCCGUCGGCCACCCAGUACAGCGCCAACGGCACCGGACGCCAGUACCUCGUUCUGCCCAACGCCGUCAAGGCGCAAGGCGUCGACGACCUGCCCGAACUCACGCUCUGCAGCCACGCCACCGCCGACCAGGUCUACGACGUGGUUGAGCUCGCCCGACGCUGGGAGGGUCCCAUCAGCCUGGCCGUCUUCGUGCCCUCGACCGACGCCGCCCUCGCCGUCGACUUUCUCGAGCGAGCUUGCCGCUGCGAGCCCGCCAUGAUCAGGGUCUCCGUCCAUCUCAUCUUCCCACGCAACCGUCCAGCCAAAUUAUCGUCGAGUGCCGUGACCACGCCGUUCAAUCAGCUGAUCGCCAACGACUCUGCCUCGAACGCCGCCGACCCCACCGAGCAAUCCUUGUCCUCGUGCUCGAUCGGCGAGAUCCAAGCCUCGGCCUCCUCGGCCAACGGUACCGAGCGUCGCAGGUCCGGUCUCGCCUAUCCGAUCAACGUGGCGCGCAACGUGGCCCGACACUUCGCCCCGACCGAGCGCGUCCUCGUCUCCGACGUGGAGCUCCUGCCGAGUCAGGCCCUGGCGUCGAGGUUUCUGGACAUGCUUCGCUACCGAGUGCCUAAGAGGACCGUGGCCUUCGUCUUGCCGGUGUUCGAGGUCGAGCUCGGCGUCCGACCGCCCAAGAACAAGGCCGAGCUGUUGGCUGCUCUGCGCAGCGAUGCCGCCGUUUAUUUUCACAGGUUUUUAUGCCCGCAUUGCCAACGAUUUCCCGGAUUAAUGCGAUGGAUACUGCGGCCGGAUCCGGGCAAGGUAAGACCUCUGAUUAUCACUAAGCGAGAAUACCCGCACCAUCGCUGGGAGCCAAUUUUCAUCGGGACGAAGUACGAUCCUCUCUAUACGGAGGAGAUGUCUUGGGAGGGUAGACAGGAUAAAAUGACCCAGAUGUUCGAGAUGUGCCUACAAAACUAUCGUCUUAUUAUACUGGACGGUGCGUUUCUAGUCCAUCAGCCAGGUAUAAAGCGCAAAUCUGCCGAGGACGCGACGGCCGGUACUGCCGUCGUCGACGAGCAGCAGCAAGCCUUCCAACGGGAGAAUUCCAAGAUUUAUCAGCGCGUCACUCAUCGAUUGCUCAAGCGAUAUCCCGCCGCCAAUCGCAGAUGCAGGCCUUGAACUUGAUACACAUUGAUAUAAUACUUAUUACUAGAGAUUAAAAUGGAAUAUUGUAUACGUUUUGUUACGUAAAAAAGCGAAUAGUCCUUGAAAAUCUCGAGCACCUUUUUCCCCGCUAACGGAAAAAUGGGCUUCGGAGAUUACCGAAAAAAGUAAUAAUAAUAAUAAUAAUAAUUUUAACGCAAGACAAUACAGUAAGCGAUACACGCAGAACAAUAAGUAGGUUUAGUCGCGCACGCGUAAAAUUUAAUACUAUUAUUAAUUCGAUUUUACAGAUGUUUUUAAUACUGUUGCAGAUUUUAGCGUAAGAAUGAUAGAGCAAAUGAGAGCUUUUUUCAAAUUGCAUACAGAUGCAAUUUGGUUUUGUUGCUGAAUGAUACGAUUUUAUAGAGAAUUUUGAUCACUCGUGCUUCGCGUUCUAUUUAUCCAGAUGGAAAAGGAUGAUAAUAUUUUCCAAUUAACAGCAAGUAAUUAUCGUUACCAAUUAGUUUCAUGAUACACAACGAGUUUAUGCUUUAAAUGAAUCGAUUAUGUGACUAUUAAUUUGAUGUCCCAAUUUCAUGUUGACACUGCUAAUACGACACUUUGAAAAGUUAAAAUUUAAUUAUCGUUCAAACAAAGAUUUAUUGACAGAGAAUAUGUGUGCACCUGACGAAAUGACGUUUAUGAACACAUAAUGUGUACAUAUUUUAUCGCCGUAUGAAUUUAAAAAAAAAUCACUGGUCGUUUCGAAUCGUUGAUGUUUCAAGAUUUUAAAAAUUGUAGAUAUUCGUAUGAAAAUAUUACGUUAUACAGAACGAUGAAUAAUUUCAUCGACCUGCUUCGAAUAAUAUUUUUAAAAUAAUUUAUUUUUUCUCAUCAAAACGCGAGUUCCGUAUACAGUCAAUAUUGAAUCUUCGAUUCUUGAUUGACCUCGCGCAAUAUUUAGAUCGUAGUCACACUCGCCUAUGCCAGCAUUUCAUUCAGCUUCAACUUGAAUUAAAGCACUUUUGAUAAAACACUGCAAAAAGCGCCACUCGCUAAAAAUGAAAUCGAAAAAAAACAGAAUAAAUAACGACAAAUAGCAUGAUGGUUCCUUCGAUUUAUCUUCGUACAGAGAAGCUCAAUUAUACAGGUCAAAAAAGUGUUUAAAUAUAAUUAUAUUAUAUACACUAACGUGCAUCACUUAUGAUGGAUUUUUAAACCACGGCGAGUGAUAAACGAGACGUUUUUUAGAUUAUAUAGAUAUACGAUUUUAACAUAUUUCUAGUUAUUGUAUACAAUAACAUUUGAACGUGUAGUUUUGACACAAAACGAUUUUAUAGAAAAGUUUUUUAAAAUAUAUCUUUUUAUAGAUCGCUUCGAUAGCAUAAAAUGUUUACAAUAAACGGCUAAAAUUCGCACGCGAAUUUUCAGCCACAAAGUUUAGCGACGACAAAAAAAUACGAAAAAAAAAUUAUUACUAACGCAUAGACUGAAGUACUAAUUACUCAUAUCAAAUAUCGAUAAAUAAUGAUAAUUAAUAACCAAUUGUAAUGAGUAUAGGCAUAAUUGUUUGAGUACAAAAACACUUUUGAUUGAACGCAUGGGUUUUUCUAUUAGCUGCAAAAAAAGUAUAACGACGUAGUUUUUAACGAAAUAAAAUCAAAGCAAUAUAUGAAAAAAUGAUAAAUUAUCGCCGAUUCACGUAUACGCACUUUUACAUCGCAACUAUAACGUAGGGUAAAUAAUUAUACGAAAAUUAUUUACAACGAACAACGUAACGCCAUGAAUUUUCCACUAUUGUCAGGAAUAUAUUGGGUGCUGUUAAUCGAAGCCUUUAUCGGUGAGUAAGAUAUUAUAAUGAUGCUGAUUAUGAAUAUCGUUGUAUAUUUAAUCUUCGUUGUAUGAGUCGUCAAUGGAAAUGAAAAGUUACAGUAAAUAUGAUGUCAGUCAAUUUUAUAAUAGAAUGAAAUUUUCUUACAAAAAUGAAGAAAAAUAAACAGCUUUGGCGAAUCAUAUAACAAGCGAAUAUUUCGAUCGACGACCCUGAUAAAAAUGCUGAACAUUCUAUGUCUAACUUUUUGGCAAGACAGAACCUGGACAACUAAUUGUGGAAAACUGUGCUUUGUUUUAUACAAUUAUUUUCACUUUGCCAUUUGCAGAUUUACAGAUAAAGGUACUCACCAUCUAGCGGUAGAAGCUGAAAGUUGUAUUAUAGCAUCUUGUAAAAAAAUGGUCAAAAAUGUUGGAAACGGUUCAAUUGUCAUUUUCAAAUCAAUUAAAAUGUGAAAAAUUGGCAUAUAACAUGCCAAUUGAUGGUAAUGUAUUCGAAAACAUUUUAAAGUGACAUUUCUGGUCGUUAGAUCAUCUUUAAUGUUGAGCAUUUGUACCAGGGUAUUUGUAAAUGCUACCAAGUAGAUGUUUGAUCUACGUAGCUCUUA